AUGCCCGACCAAAGAACCCUAACCAUCGCCAUCCUCCCCGGCGACGGAAUCGGACCCCAGCUAGCAAAACAUGCAGAGAACCUCCUACGCGCAAUCCAAAAGACUCGAACACAUCUAUCCUUCCAAACAAAGCAAUACCCCUUCGGCGGUGCCGCCCUAGCAUCUGGACACAGCAGCGCUUUACCAAACGCAACACUCAGCGCCGCAAAACAAGCAGACGCAGUUCUAGUCUGCGCAUGCAACGACCCUACAUACGGACUCGCGCCUGAGAAAGCCCUCUUGAGCCUCCGCCAGGAAUUAGAGGUGUAUGCAAAUAUCCGGCCAGUGCAGUUCCCCAGUUCGGCAGUCGCAGAGGCAGAGACGAGUGCGUGUUCUGGCAUCUACAAACCAGACGCAGUCAAGGAUCUGGAUAUUGUUUUCUUUCGGGAUCUUACGGGUGGUGUGUACUACGGUGCAAGGCAGGAAGGGGGCAAUGGGCGGAAUGCAUAUGAUACGACGGAGUAUUCGCGCGGUGAUAUUGAGCGGCUUGCAAGGAUAGCUGGGCGGUAUGCGCUACAGUUUAACCCGCCCAAGAUGGUUCAUUCGGUGGAUAAGGCAAAUGUCAUGGCGACGGGGAGGUUGUGGAGGAGUGUUGUGAGUGAGGUGUUUGAGACGGAGUUUCCAACUGUGUCGUUGGAUCAUGUUCUUGUUGAUAACGCCGCUGCGGUUCUUGCCAGGAAGCCGACGGGUUUGAAUGGGAUUGUGCUUACGGAGAACCUGUUUGGGGAUAUCUUGUCGGACCAGGCUGGGGGGAUUGUUGGGUCUGAUGUGCUUGCGUCUGCGGCUGUAUCAGGCUUACCUGGCAAGGUAAAGGGGCCUGGGGUAUUUGAGCCAUUGGACCUGAAGAUGAAGAGGGAGUUAAGGAAUCCACUCGGUAUUGUACAGGCUGUGUGCCUGAUGCUGGAUACCGGCUUAGGGCUGGGUGCCGAGGCAGACGCGCUCUCCAAGGCGAUCAGGCAGACCCUCGAUCCUAUAGAGCUGAUCGGGUCUGAUAUGCGGACACCAGACCUAGGCGGCACAGCAACACCAGACCAGUUCAUGGGAAAGCUGCUAUCGAAUCUGGAAAUGUACCUGGAAGCU